UGUAUCAUAUGCAAACACUUAGCUAGCAACCACAAUGGAUUGGAAAGAAAAAGAAAAGAAAAGAAAAAAGCAUUAAAUUCUGUAAUUAACCACAUGAUCUGCUUGGUGCGAGCAUAAAUGGGAAGCAAAAACUUUGAUCUUUACUGUUCUGUUAGUACGUCACAGAAUCUGACAAGUUUGAAAUCGAGGAAUGGACGAUUUGGCGUUCCAGCAGAGUUUUGGAGACGAAUAUUCUUCUUCUUCUUCUUCUUCUUCUUCUUCUUCUUCCUUCCGUUGUGAUCAGUACAAAUACAAAGGGGAUCCGUUCUUCAGUUUUCUCUCUCUUGCUCCGACUCCCGAGUCUUGACAAAAUCACAUGGACCUUUCGACAUUCCACAUGGAUGCCUCAGAUAUGGCCGAUUAGCUUGGAGUGCAUCUGACCCACGUAUUGCAUUCUCUCUCUCUCUCUCUCUCUCUCUUCUUCCUAUUGUUUAUUUUGUUGACCAGUCGUCUCCGAUUGUUAUACAUAUUAUGCUUCUAUCUCUUUGGAUGUUCAAAUUCAUUUACUUAUUGGGGCAUUUCUUCUUCUUUGAUCAGUCACGGGAAAUCCCCAUUUCGUCUUUCCUCCUUUGUGCUCUUGCUUUGAUUGCUUGGUCCUUUGUAUUUCUUGAUGAUUCUGGUUUCUGGGUCUCUCCUUUUGGGGUAUGUUAUUCGAUUUGAUUUGAUUCUCUGGGCUGCCAAACCCAUCUGUGGAUUCUUUUCGGGAUCAAGAUUUAGAUUGCGAAAACCAGAAUGAUGACCCGAUAGAGAUUGUUUUUUGGGCAGUAAUAUAAAGAGGAAGUGUUUCUGAGUUUCUUGUAUACCAAUUUCUUGAGCAGAGUUGAUAAAUGGAGAAUGAAUUCUGAUUCUUGUUGUACUAUAUAUUCAAAUGCACGGUCCAGUUGCAGAAGCUGAUGUGUUGAUUAAAUGUCUCUGGCUUCGGUGAAAACAAAUAGUACUCUUGGAUCAUGUUGAGGCUCAGAUUUCUUGGCAUGAAGGCUGCUCAAAUGGCUUGAUUUUUUGGUCUGGAAGAUCAAUCUUGGAGGUGUAAGGGGAAACUUUUGGUUUGGAGUGUAAUUUAUUUGUUAUUUGAGAAGAGAAUAGAAGAUAUGGCUGCAAAGCUUCUGCAUUCCUUAGCAGAUGACAAUCCUGAUAUGCACAAGCAAAUAGGAUGUAUGGCUGGUAUUUUUCAUCUAUUUGAUCGCCACAAUAUGAUCACCACGAAGCGAAUUACUCACAAGAGGUUCCCGCCGGGUCAUUCCCAAUCAAACUGUGGGAACAUAGUAAGCGCUGUACAUCACCAAGAGAAAGCAAAAGAGUCAAGUCUGAAUGAGAAUGUGUAUGAAAAACAUAGUGGGCCUGCUGAAUCAUCCAGAGACUCUCUCUCCUCUUGUUCAUCAUCUUUGUCCUCUUUGGAGUGUAUUAAAACUGCACAACCGGAAGCGUCCUCCUUUUCCAGGAUUGAUAUUCUCGAAAGUCCACCAAUGGGGUCGGCAUUGGACCGGUCGAAUACCUCUAGUUAUUCAGAGAAGCAAUCUUUCAAUCUUAAAAAUGUAGUAAAAGACUCUAUGCACAGAGAAGUAAGAACAUCAUUCGUGAAAAUGAACGACAUGGAUGACUUUGAUCAUGGUGUGAAAUACAGAGACUCUCCAAGACCCCUUAGAAUGUCCAAAUGUGUAGAGGCUUCUCCUAGAGUUGCAAGAAACGAAAAAGAAGAUAUUCCGAUUGAUAUUGAGGAGUCUCUUAGAGUUCUUGCUAAACUUCGAGAUGCAUCUUGGAACUUCAAUGAAGCUACAGGGCUUCCAAGAUCAUCUUGUGAGAAUGAAGCAAAACUUGGAAAGAAUUCAAUUUCAAGGGAUUCUCCGCGGCUUUCUUAUGACGGUAGAGAGAGAAGCCAAUUCUCUUUGGAAUCAAGAAACAUCAAGUCCAGUCCUAGACUGAAAGAGCUCCCUAGACUCUCACUUGACAGCAGAGAGAAUUUUACCUCUGUUUCAGUCAGAACUCAUAUUUCUAGGAAUUCUCGAAAUAGUAGCUUCCCAACCGACGAAACCCUUGAGCUACAACAUUUUUCAGGAAAUAAGAAGCGACUACCUAGUGUUGUAGCAAAAUUGAUGGGUUUAGAAACAUUGCCAGAUUCAAUCUCUGCUACAGAUACUCAAUUUGGUGGUGAAUCUUUUGCAGAAUCAUUAGAAUCUAGAAAUCUGAAAAUGUCAUUUCAAACAUCUGCCUCUGAUAAAAGAUCGUCCAAAUGCUCAACUUCACCGCGGCAGAAAAAUCCCGAUCUGAUUACAAAGCCUAUUCCCAGUUCAAGGCUUCCUAUUGAAACUGCACCUUGGAGGAAGCUAGAUGGAACUCAAGCUUCUAAAAAAGCAGCUUUUAGGCCUGUAAAAGGUCGAGCACCAAACUCCUCCUCUGCUUAUGGUGAAGCCGGGAAGAAGCUGAAAGAUCUCGAGUCUGAACAAUCCAGUAAGGAUCUUAGAGCACUUAAACAAAUACUAGAAGCAAUUCAAAUUAGGGCACUAUCAGAAAUCGGAAUGGAAGAGCAAGCUUCAGAUUUUGGAACUCAAAGAAACCAAGAACCAAAAUCUUCCAAUCCCAAUCGAAAGACUAGGUUGACAAGCCAACGAAACAAACAGAGCAGUGUAGUUGCAACCUCCUCCGCUGCUAGUGUUCCUCGUUCUUCAAAAGCAUAUGAAUCUCCAAUUGUCAUCAUAAGACCUACAAGACCUGUUGAAAAAUCAGGUAUACUGCUGGAUCGCAUUCCUGGCCUCCAUAAGCUCCAAAAUGAAGGAUUUCAAAGAUGCUCUAGCAAUGGCCAAAUCAGAACACGUUCUCCUAAAAACAGUCAAAAGGAUUCUGCUGCCAUUACAUCUGAGAAGAAGUUGAUUUCUAGAAAUAUAAGAUCACCUCAAACUUCUUCAAAACCUCAACUAGCGCCUAAAGAAAGCACCACGAGCUCAAUAAAGAGUUCAGAUUCCGUUAGCCCGAGACUGAGAUCAAGGAGGGUUGAGGUGGAGAAAAGAUCUGCUCCCCAAAAAUCUGAUACAAAUAAACCAAAAAGGAAAAUGAAGCAGACCGAUUCGAAUUGCCACUGUGAAAAGACAAAAACCAAAUCUUCCAAUACAAGACAAUGUGACGAUCAAUCAAGCGAGAUGAGCAAUGAAUCAAGAGCUUUAAGUUACCAAAGUGAUGACAUGACCCAACAAUCAGAUACUAAUUUAUCCUCAGUCUCAAAGAUUGAUAUUGAGGUCAGAAGCAGCAUGCAAUCAACUGAGAUCGAUGGCAGCCAGAGCCGAGCCAUGGAGGAGGCUGCAGAGUUCUUAACAACUGGCUCAGUUAAAAAGUUAUCAAUUGUAACGAGCAGUGAAGACGGGUCGACAAUCAAUCAAGAUACAAUAGCAUUAGAGCAUCCCAGUCCUGUCUCUGUCCUUGAUGCCUCGUUAUAUAGAGAUGAUGAAGCAUCUCCUGUAAAACAGAUUACAACUUCACUUAAAGGUGAUGAUUCUCUAGAUUCUAAUGACGGGCAUAGUGAAGACCAAAGCAAUGUUGCUGAUGAAAUUUUUCUAAAUACCCAUAAUGUGGAAAUUGACAGUAUGAAAUUUGAAAAUAUUGAAGAUUUGAUUCAGAAGAUUAGACGCUUAAACUCGCAUCAUGACGAAGCAGAAAUGGAUUAUAUGGCAUCCCUGUGUGAUGAUACUAAUCCAGAUCACAUAUACAUCUCGGAGAUUCUGUUAGCUUCUGGCCUUCUACUCCGAGAUCUUGGCUCUGGCAUGACCAUGUUUCGGCUUCAUCCUUCUGGUAAUCCGAUCAGCCCCGAGUUAUUCUGCAUUUUGGAGAAAACAAAGGCGAGGGGCUUGCCACUUAAAGAAGGGUUCAGCCCUGCAAUAGCUUCCCAUUCAAACAGGGAGAAAUUCCAUCGCAAACUCAUAUUUGAUGUUGUAAAUGAAAUCCUUGUUGAAAAAUUAGCUCUCACUGACGAUGGUGCCCCUGAGCCAUGGUUGAAACCAACAAAGAUUGCGGAAAGAACUCUUACUGGGCAAAAAAUUUUGAAGCAAUUGUGUCACGAAAUAGAACAGUUUCAAGCCAAGAAGUUCAAAUGCAGCUUCGACGAAGAGAAGGAUGACUCUAAAAGCAUUCUACAAGACGAUGUGACGCGACAGUCGGGAAGUUGGACAGAGUUUUGUGGCCGUGAGAUCUAUGAUGUUGUGUUAGAUGUCGAACGGCUGAUAUUCAAAGACUUGGUUAACGAGAUCGUUAUUCGGUGAGUCGGGAUUUCGCAAGACAAAGCUAUAGUGUUAGCAUUAGCUAGUUUGCUUGCCUUCCUACUGGUUAAUAUUUGCUUUCUUACAGUGGCAACAUAAACUACUGCCCUUUCUUCCCCAUAUUUUUUGGUGUCAAGCCCAAUAAUUUGUGAUAAAAGCAGUUCUGAGCUGGUUGGUAGUUUUGCCAAUAUACAUAACCACAAGAAUCAAAAUCAAUGGAAAUAUUUUAUUAUACUA